AUGUCAUCCUUUGCCAUUCGAGUCCCUUGCUCCUCGGCCAACAUUGGCCCCGGAUUUGAUGUCAUUGGCCUGGCCCUCUCCCUCCACCUCGAACUGCGCGUCACAAUCGAUGACUCCAAGUCCUCCUCCGAGCUGCCAUUGAACUGCGCCAUUACCUACGAGGACCAAAGCGGCAGCACCGAGUCCAUCUCUCUCGAUCCUGAAGUCAACCUCAUCACCCGUGUCGCCCUUUAUGUUCUGCGAUGCCACAAUCAGCGCGCCUUCCCCAUCGAGACCAAGGUUCACAUCGUCAACCCCAUCCCACUGAGUCGAGGUCUGGGAUCAUCGGGUACCGCUGUUGUCGCUGGUGUCAUGCUGGGCAAUGAGGUCGGCAAACUGGGUUUAAGCAAGGAUCGUUUGCUAGACUAUUGCUUGAUGAUUGAACGACACCCCGAUAACGUGGCUGCCUCGUUGUUCGGAGGUUUUGUGGGUACCUAUCUGAACGAGCUGAAGCCCGAGGAUGUUGCCCGGAAAGAGAUCCCUCUUAGUGAGGUCUUGCCCUCUCCCGCCGGUGGCAUUGACACUGGAAUGAAGCCCCCCCGAGCCCCCUCUUGGAAUCGAAAGUUCGACUGGGCCCCAGAAAUCAAGGCCAUUGCCAUUAUCCCAGACUUCGUCGUGCCCACCGCCGAUGCCCGUAACGUUCUUCCUCAGCAAUACAGCCGAGCCGAUGUGGUCUUCAACCUCCAACGCGCGGCCCUCCUCCCCGCCGCCCUGGGAACCUCCCCACCAGACCCUGAGAUGAUCUUCCUCGCCAUGCAGGAUAAGGUCCACCAGCCCUACCGCAAAGGCUUGAUCCCCGGUCUGACCGAGAUUCUCCAAUCAAUGACGCCUGCCACCCAGCCCGGUCUUCUGGGUAUCUGUCUUUCCGGCGCUGGACCAACCAUCCUCGCCCUUGCGACGGAUCGCUUCACCGAGAUCGCUGACCGCAUCAUCGCACGGUUCGCUACGAACAACAUUACCUGCCAAUGGAAGCUGCUUGAGCCCGCGCAGGAAGGAACUACCGUGACCCCGGUCUAA